GACAAAUUAGAUUUCUCUAGUGAUCUCCACCCACCUUCUCCUAUAUCUUCAUCUCCCCUUCACACUAAACAAUUCCCUCACCUUCACACACAAACCACACUAAAGCUCCAUGGGAUCCCUUUCACCCCAGCUCCCUUCUCCUUCCUCCCCUCUACCUUCUUCCGAAACUUUUUAUCGAAUUUACGCCUCCUUUUGCACAGCAAAAAUCUCCAACUGGAUUGAAUGUUACGACCCAUCAAACAAUGCAUGGCAUCGUGUCACCACCAUCCCUGGCCUUAUUGAGAACCAGGUUUUAAAGAGUUUUUCCAUGGUCUCCAUUGGUCACUUCAUUUACAUUAUCGGUGGCAGGCUCUGUCAGAAAUUUCCAGGCCAUGAACCUGAUGAAAUCUUUGAGGUUAAUGUUGAAGUGCUACAACGGGUUCUACGUUACGACUUAGUUAAGGAUGUUUGGUCCAAAUGUGCUCCGCUACGUGUCCCCAGGUUUGACUUUGCUUGCACCGUGUCCGUGUGUGAUAACAAAAUCUACGUGGCAGGAGGACAGUCAAAGCUGUCAAGCGCACGUGGAACUUCGUCUGCUGAGGUUUACGACCCAGCCCUUGAUGAAUGGAAACUUUUGCCGAACAUGAACACGUUGAGAUACAAAUGUGUGGCAGUGACGUGGCAGGGGAAAAUCCACGUGGUAGGUGGGUUUGCUGAGAAGAGAGACUCCGAUGGUGAAGUUGUACCAUGGGGAAUCAUGGAGCGGAGCUCUGCCGAGGUGUACGACUUUGAAAAUGCGAAGUGGGAUUUGAUAAGAGGGAUGUGGCAAUUAGACGUCCCACCGAAUCAAAUUGUGGCCGUUGAUGAUAAACUUUUCAGCUCAGGUGAUUGUUUAAAGGUAUGGAAAGGACACAUCGAAGCAUUUGAUGGGGAACUUAAUAUAUGGAACGAGGUCGAUGGGUCACAUUUAGAAACACUGUCGUCUCCAAUAUCAACGUCAGUUGCAAAUUGGCCACCAAUCAAAAGGCAAUACCUGACGAUGGCUCCAAUUGGGUCACAGUUAUAUUUCUUGGCAGGUUACAGGAUGCCGGGGGAGAUAUCGAGGUCGAAGUGUGACGUUCAUGUGUUUGACACAUCAGCAAAUGGCGGUGGGUGGAAUAGCUUGGAACCAAUAGAAGAGGAAGGAGAGAAAGAGCUUUGCAGUCACUGUUGUGCCCUUAGGCAGCCGCAGAUGUAGACACAGCAUCAAGGAAAAAUCUUUA